UGAAAACUUCCUGCCGAUCACCGUUAGUGUGUUUGGAUGAUCCAGUGUUCUGUAUGAGCGUUCAGAGUGGACAUUCUCGUCCUUCUUCGACUCUUGGAUGUUUGUCAGAUGUCCGGGUUUCAGGCUCUUUCAGUUUUUCCUGUGGGGGUCCAGCAGCUGUCAGUGAGUAAAGACGAUGUUUUCCCCAGGCAGCAGGAGGAGAGCUCCAGUUUGAACCAGGAGAUUAGCAAGCAUCUGAAAAUUAAAGAUGAACCUGACGAACUGUGGUGCAAUCAAGCAAGAGAGCGAAUUCAUGGGCUAGAGGAGGAUGAUAUGAAGCUGACUUUUGUUCCUGUCCCUGUGAAGAGUGAAGAUGAUGAAGAGAAACCUCAGUCCUCACAGUUUUAUCAAGAACAAACCAAACAGUUAGAAUCAGGAGCUGAUGGAGAGGACUGUGGGGAUACAGAUAGAGAUUUACAACAACAAUCUGAGGUCAACACUGAUGAAUCUUCUGAUCCUGAGACUGAUGACAGCGCUGAUUGGAGGGAUAUGACAGAAGACCAGUCAGACUUUAAGGCAAUGGACAAAAGCAGAAAAAGGAAAGCAACAACUAAAAAUAAGUUGCAUAACUGUUCAGAGUGUGGAAAGGGGUUUAAUGGUAAAAUAGAUUUGACUAGACACAUGGUAGUUCAUACCAAAGAGAAACUCUUUAGCUGCUCUGUGUGUGAUCAAAGAUUUACACAAAAAGGAAGUGUGACUGUUCACAUGAGAAUUCACACAGGAGAGAAACCAUUUGGUUGCUCUGUGUGUGGCAAAAGAUUUAACAGUAAACGAGCUUUGACGACACACAUGGUCGUUCAUACCAGAGAAAAACCCUUCAGCUGCUCUGUGUGUGGUCAGAGAUUUACACAAAAGGGAAGCGUGACCGCACACAUGAGAAUUCACACAGGAGAGAAACCUUUUGGUUGUUCUGUGUGUGGAAUGCAAUUUAGUCGUGAUGUUAGUUUGACCACACAUAUGGUAGUUCAUACCAAAGACAAACCGUACAGCUGCUCUGAGUGUGGUCAGAGAUUUACCCGGAGAAACAGUGUGACAAAACACAUGAGAACUCACGAAGGAAUAAAACCUUUUGGCUGCUCUCUGUGUGGACAGAAAUUUACCCAAAAAGGAAGUGUAACUGUUCACAUGAGAAUUCACACAGGAGAGAAACCAUUUGUCUGCUCUCAGUGUGGCAAAAGGUUUAACAACAAAAUGAAUUUGACCAGACACAUGGUAGUUCAUACCUGAGAGAGACCAUUCAGCUGCUCUGUGUCUGGCCAGAAAUCCCAAAAUAGACGAACACAAAUCUGACAUAAGAAUUCUCACACAGGAAAGAAACCAUUUGCUUUCUCUCAGUGAAGCAAAAAAUGCCCUGAAUGGGUGUGUGUGGUUUCGCCAAUGUGUUUAUCUGAUAAAACACAAGAGAAUUUACAUGGAUAGACACUCAUCAAAAGUGUAAAGACACGUAUUUUUGGAAGCGGACCUGUUAUUGUUGAUAGCCCUCUCUGACUGUGAUACAAAAUGGAGUGGGAAUUCUCCCUGUGAAGAUGCACAAAACCUACAGAGAGUGAAAAAAUUUUCAGAUGAUAUUUUUUGUUUUUUUUAAUGCUGAUGAUUUCUGAAUGAUUCAUGAUUUUUUUCUGUAACAAAAAAUGUUCAUUUUUCUGUGUCAAAAAUGGACCUGCAAGAGCUACAGUCAUGGACAAAAGUA